CGCCAUUUUGGUCCUUCAGGAUAUUUAGAAGAUAUAAAUACUAGUACAUCAUUAAUUGAUCAGAAGAGUGAAAGAUUUCUGUCUGGUAAUUUAUUGUCUACUUACCUUGAAGACAAGGAAGCGAAACUAUGCCAGAAACGACAUCCAUUAGCACUGUUGUCGUCUGGAAUUCAACCCAACUCCAUGAAUUACAAGAUUUUAACAAGACACAAGAAGAAAUCAAGUUUUAUCUGCAGAAAGUUAACUACGAGAUGUUCAUUAAAUUACUUCCUUCGGUAGUUUUAUUAAUAGCUCUAAUCGCUGUUGGCAUCUGCGGCAACCUCCUCGUCUUCAUCGUCUACCUCAAGCAGUUCAAGAUCAGCGCCACGCGCGUGUUUGUUCUGGAAAUGGCUGCCUGCGAUUUUCUGACAAAUAUCUUUAUUUUACCGUGGUUUAUUCAGAAUACGAGGUACGGUUACACAAGCGAAUCCCAUCUUUGCAGAAUGGAGUAUUUGCUUGGAACUUUCCCUGCGAUCACAUCUUACCUGAUCCUCGUAUGUGUCGCCCUUGAUCGUCGCCGUCGCAUCUGUCAGCCUCUGAAACGACAGCUGAGCCCUCGGCAAGUCACCUACCUGUUGAUUCUUCCGUUUAUCUUGUCAUUAGCUAUGUUGGUUCCUUUUACUUUCUGGUACGGUGUCAGACCCGUUGAGACAGACAGGCCAGGAAUAACAGGGACCACCUGUGGGUUCCCAGAUAUGCCUUUGGAAUUAAAAGUGAAGCAGAUAUUUGGGCUUGUUCUGAUGGCUUACUUCUUUGUUGGAUUUGCCUUACUAACAACUUGCUAUCUACAGAUCUCGUACAGAAUUUACCAGCAGAAAAAGAAGGUUCUUGCCGGAGAAAUAAACGUCGGUGUUAAUUCUUGUGGAAUGAAAACAUUCCUAAAACAAGGAGUUGUUUCUAGUCAAGAAGAACUGCAGACCGAGGCUUCCCAAAACAAAUUUAUCAGUACUUACAAAUCUGAAAUGGAUACAGAAGAAUUGAAUAAUCAGGAAGAACAUUUACGUGUUGUUGCAAAAGACCUCGACGAGGAAUGAGAAAGAGGAAGCUCAUGCUCUUCAUAACCUUUCCGGCAAAUGCAGAUCAAGUCAAGAAGACAACGCUGACGGAUAUGACACACAGAGCUUUUCUUGCCAGAUAGAAGUUCUCGAAUAUUCAUCCUUUACCAAAGUGUCCAAAGCUGACCUCACAGAACCUCUGCAGUUUCCGGAAAGAUCUUGCAACAAAUCGUGCGUCCAAGUAUGUGAAGAUGUGUCGGAGCCCAUUGUGCAGCAUUUAUCAGUAAAGGUAACCCACGACAGAAUAACCGGAAAAAGGUCUUCUGCUUUGCCAGGACACAAUAAAAAAGAAGAUUAUGAAAUAAGCGAAGCGAGACUGGCCGGUAGUGCAGAAAGGACAGAACGGAGUCGACGAAAGAGAACGCAUUUGUCUAAAACGACGAUUAUUAUGUUAGUACUGACCAUUGCAACAGUUAUCUGCUGUAUGCCAUACAUUGCUGUAGCGGUAGCUGAGGUGGAAUAUGUGAGCGUUCACAUCAGCGCAUGGCAGACAAACGUAUAUUUUCUCGCCCGCGUUUUUCCUUUUGUCAACAGCGUCAUCAACCCUUUCGUCUACAGCUUUUGUAACCCAAAGUUUCGUCUGAAAUGUCAUCAGUUUCUUACCAAAAUGAGCAGUCGACAGUAGUACGACCUCGUCUAUGUCCACAAGCUUUGAACAAAUGCCUUUUGUCAUUUAACUGCACUUUGUAAUCGGAAAAGUGCACAAGGAUACAUCCAUAAAUUAAUUCCGGUUUGCAGAUGUUUCUGGUUUAUAGUUUACUGAGUACAAAUAUAUCUUUCCGCGGAGACAUUUCUUUUAAAUGUUUAUUAAAUAAACAUACACUCAGCUGUAUAAUGGUUAUUUUAAAAGAAAAGAAAACGAUGAUUGACGAAUAUUGCAUUUCUUGUACUUAUGUUCAAAAUACUCAUUUUGUAAAGUUCAAUUGAAGCAAGAUUGCUUGAAACAUAUUUUAAGGAUUUUUUGUUGUAUUUUUUUGUAUUUAUAUAAAAUAUGCUGUUCGUACUAUGCUUAUACAUUCACUCGCCUAGUUAAUUAUCCUGAUUCCCGAAUAAUGAGCAUUAAUAAGUAUCUGAUAACACAACACGAGAGUAUGUUACCGCAGUGAAGGACUAUUUUCUCCAGUACAUUUAGACAGCUGUCAUCUGUCAUGGCAACAAUUUAAGUUACACCAUCCCUAGCUCUCUCUAUCUGCCUUCAUCCAUUUCCUAAAGGCGCAAUUCAUUUCUCUGUUCUUGAAAGCUGGAGCUGACUUCCUGUUCACAGAAUACUUCCUUCUGGCGUAUUCUGCUCUGUGGAUUGACAGAUUGACAGAUUACUGUAAGCGCUUUUGUAGCAGACGACCACAGUUGACAAUCACAACUUGUUUAUGACAACAUUGCUAGUUGUCGAAGUGGAAGUCGCUUACUACAAAUCAUUAUCAGCAUCGUUGCAGCAGGCAAAACAUUGAAAAUGUUUCUGUCAAUGUGACCAGUUGUCGGACUGUGAUAAGGGAAGAGAACACACUGAGCGAUUCUCGCCCAUAACACUUAACAUGAAAAGGCUU